GCAGCAGGAGCAGCAGGAGCAGCGCGGUGCUGCAGUGAGCGGAGCCGGCGGAGGAGCGCCCCAACCGCCCGCUGCUCUUUAAACCAGGACCUGCUUGAUAAAUCCUAUCCAGUGUUGCAACUGCAUGUGGAGAAGCAGCAUUUUGGGACUUGCAGAGGAAUCAACAAGCUCCUGUGGAGGAUGGUGACACAUUGUGGACUGCGGAUCGCAAAAUAUUACUUCAGACAGCGAGAGUGAGGAAGGAAGAGGCAGACGUCUGUUAUUCCAGGGACAUGCUCCCAUUGGGGAUGGAACAAGAGGAAUCUGUGUUUGACUGUGGGAGCCCCGGGAAAUUGAGAGACAUCAUGUUAUUUUUGACUUAGAAAUAAAAAAUCUUUUGAGACGCUUUACAAAAAUACUGCAAUUCAUCCAUGGGCUACAGAUGAACUUAUACUCUGCCACGUGUGAUGUUGGGGGUCUAUUUUCCGAGUGUACCCACCUCCAGUGCUGAUCCCCUAAAUAUGGACUCUGCUUCUCAUGUUAAGGAACUUUAGAAAUAAUUUCAGCAUGUCUUCGAGGCCAUCCAGUGGAAUUCUGGGGGAUGAGGAAGUCAUCAGUAUGAGCCACCGUGGAAAAAUGUCGGACAUUAAGACGCAAGUUGGAAGAGGAUGUGUGAAAGACUGGUUUUCAGAAACGACAGCAGUCUACUGCAGACAGCGAGUAUCUGUCUGUUUCUCUUUCCCCCUCAUCUCUAUGGUCUUACUACACCUCUCCCUGGUUACACCCGCUCUGUCCAUUCAAAUGGAGUCUAUAGAGAGCCACAGUGAGUUCAGCUGUGAGCCCAUCAGACUGAGAAUGUGCCAGGAUCUGCCUUACAACACCACCUUUAUGCCCAAUCUACUGAACCACUAUGACCAGCAGACAGCCGCUCUAGCCAUGGAGCCUUUUCAUCCCAUGGUGAACCUAGUGUGCAGUGCUGACCUGAGGAUGUUCCUGUGUGCCCUGUACGCCCCGGUGUGCACGGUGUACGGCCGGGUGUCCAUGCCAUGUCAAUCUCUCUGCCAGCGCGCCAAAGACGAGUGCCACAAACUAAUGGAGAUAUUUGGAGUAUCCUGGCCAGACGACAUGGAGUGUAGCAGGUUCCCUGAUUGUGACGAGCCCUAUCCUCGAGCAGAGGACCUGCUAACAGGUUCUGAGCCCACUGACCAGUCAUCCAUGACUGUGCAGAGAGACUACGGUUUCUGGUGCCCCAGAGAGCUCAAAGUUGACCCUGACCUGGGAUACUCUUUCAUGGGCAAGAAGGACUGUUCUGCCCCAUGUCCCUCGAUGUUCUUCAACCAGCAGGAGCUGACCUUUACCCGAUACUUCAUAGGAGUCAUCUCCAUUGUCUGUCUGUCCGCAACGCUCUUCACCUUUCUGACAUUUCUCAUUGAUGUUACCAGGUUUCGAUACCCUGAGCGUCCAAUAAUCUUUUACGCUGUGUGUUAUGUCAUGGUGUCGCUGGUGUUUUUCCUUGGUUUCCUGCUGGAAGACAGAGUUGCCUGCAAUGCAGUCGUCCCCUCUCAGUUUAGAGCUUCAACCAUAACACAGGGUUCACACAACAAGGCGUGCACACUGUUCUUCAUGGUCCUGUAUUUCUUCACCAUGGCUGGCAGCUUGUGGUGGGUCAUACUGACGAUCACUUGGUUCCUGGCCGCUGUGCCUAAAUGGGGUAGCGAGGCCAUUGAAAAGAAAGCCCUCCUCUUCCAUGCUAUCGCCUGGGGGCUCCCAGGGGCCCUGACUGUCACCUUGUUGGCCCUGAACAAAAUUGAAGGAGAUGGGAUCAGUGGAGUGUGUUUCAUAGGCCUCUAUGAUAUAGAUGCCCUGCGGUGGUUUGUUCUGGCACCGCUCUGCCUCAAUGUGGCGGUGGGCGUGUCUCUCCUGUUAGUGGGCAUUGUGGCUCUGAAUCGGGUGCGCAUGGAAAUCCCUCUGGAGAAGGAAAACCAGACCAAACUAGUCAAGUUUAUGAUCCGAAUGGGAGUGUUCUCAGUGCUCUACCUUGUGCCCCUGUUGACUGUGAUUGGGUGCUACCUGUAUGAACACACCUACCGAAACAUUUGGGAGAAUACAUGGAUGGAGGAGAACUGCAGGCGCUAUCACAUCCCCUGCCCAUACAAGGUGGAGCAGACCAGUCGACCGCUCAUGGUUUUGUUCCUGAUGAAAUACCUGAUGAUGCUGGUGGUGGGGAUUCCCUCUGUGUUCUGGGUGGGCAGUAAGAAGACCUGUUUCGAAUGGGCCAGCUUCCUGCACGGGCGCAGACGCAAAGACAGUGGGGUGAAUGAGUCUCGCCAGGUUCUGCAGGAGCAGCCCGACUUUGCUCAGUCUCUGCUGCGUGAACCCAACACCCCUGUUAUUAGGAAGUCCAGAGGAACAUCCACUCAGGGCACCUCCACCCACGCCUCCUCCACUCACUUAGCUGUCUUGGACGACCUUGACGAGCCGGUCAGAACUCACCACGGCCACCCUGCCUCCACCAGGAGUAAAGCCAGCAGCGUUCACAGCAAGGCCAGCUACCACGGCAGCCUGCGCCGCACCCGAGACGACAGGAGCGAUGCGGUGGUUUACCGAGGUACAGAGGAGCGCAGUUUCCAUGGCAGCAUGCCACGUCUUGACCACCCGCUUUCCACUCACAGCAGCCUCCAUCACAUAGAUGGCAACUCACGGCACGCCAGCCAGCGUGACGUAUCUGAAGCCCCGUCGACCCUCAUCACCCACGGAACCACGGCGAGUAACAGUCGAGUUGCUGAGAAUGACGGCACUAGUGCCUGAAAACAAUCACAAACUUGACAGGAAAUCUUUGCCAGGACGCUGUUUGUCUUUUCAAAGAAGAUUUGCCGUCAGCAGACACACACUGCAGUGUCUGUAGCGUGUGUGAAGAUGGAGGAUGUACCAGUGCGUGCUGUGGUGGUGAAUUUUAGUUUCAGUUUAUCGCUGUGCAGCUGUUGGUUAACACAGGUUUAAGCUGGACAGGUAUGUUUACACAUUUGAGUUGACAAAGCAGUUGACUCCUGAUUGCGAAACUCAAACAGCUGAACCAACAUGAUAAACGCACCUCCUCAGACUUAAGUGACAUCUGUGUGAGUCAAGAUGUUAUUCAGGUAAAGUUUAAGUAUCUCGUGUUAAAAAAUGGUUACAGGAUGUUGCAGGUUUACUCUGAAAGAUUCAUCUUGGAUUUAGGGGUUGGACACCAGAACAUCGUGACACGUCUCUCGUGACACGUCUCUCGUGACACGUCUCUACUUCCAAAUAAGGAUCUUGAAUCAUCUUGCAGGAUUUACAGGAAUAUUGUUAAAUAUGUCACCGGUGCAGAGUUUUGCUUUUGUAACAAUCUCAACUGGUUUGUCGUCUCACAUGAAACUUGACUGAUGUCAGUCAGAUCGAAUUAUUCCAUGUUUUUGUUUCUGCAGCUCUUAAUGAUGUUUAUCUUCGCCUCAUGUGACAUUUUGGACCUUUUUGUGGAUUAGUGAGAUAUUUUUAUACUGUGAAAAUCGUGUGUGUGUGUGUGUGUGUGUGUGUGUGUGUGUGUGUGUGUGUGUGUGUGUGUGUGUGUGAUAAACACACAAGUGGUUAAAUGUGUUUGGAACUUCAGUCACUCCCUCUGAUGAACAGAUAAACAUGAUGGAGGGAACUUCACCCAGAAUGUUAAAGGGUUGUCUUCAGAGCCAGAAAGAUAAAUGAACUAGAAUAAUGCUUGUGCACUUACUUAACAUGCACAGAGGUUACUCCAGCUAAACCUGAAAUAAUGUCAGCACUGGACCUUCUGCACAGAGUCAUUAGCUUUGCAAGGGAAGACAAGUAAGACAAUAGUUUACACAACCAAUGCUUAUUUCAUUUGCCAGCCAAUCUUGAUAAUACAAUCUAAAUGGAAGAAGCAGAAUAAGAGUCAUGACAAAGUCUAAAAGCCUCAAAAUUGCAUCACAAUCUGAACUUCAACAACCUCUGUCUGUGACCCAGAUUCAGGAAGUCGUCCAUCAACGCAGCUGUAUAGACUGAAGUGUAAUUAAAAAAUGGAAACCAAUGACAGUGCUUUUAUUUUUAUAUCUGUCAACAUACUCGUGGCAGAAUGGUUUUACCAGUUGCACUGAUGUGAACCGAAACUGCUUCUGUACUGUGCUCUUUGAUCAUGUGUGUUUGCAUUGUUCAAACUUUAUCCAGAAACGUACAGAAACAUUCACAUAUCAGGAUCUAUAUGUUCUCUGACAUUUAUUUUCUGAGGAAAUGUUAUAGAGUUAAAUGUAUAAUAUCGUUGUCUCUCUCUCAUUUGUUUUUUGUUCCACAAUCCCUAAAGUUAACCUACCUCACCUCUACCUUCAGCCUUCUCCGUACCUGCGUGCGCACACACACACACACGCGCACACACACACCCCAUUCAAUCAUUAUUGAGUACUUAAAAAGCAAAAUGCUCAUUUCAGUAGAAUUUGUGCUUAUAUCUAAAGAAUCUUGAGAGGCUAUAAAAUGAAACAUAAACCAAACAGACUUUUUAGUGACUCAUGGGUUCUGCCUGUAUCACACACACACACACACACACACACACACACACACACAAACAUACACUAGGAUCAGUAGCUAGCUCCAUCCCACAGUUAGCUAUGUAUUUUUUUCAUUCUACCUCUUCAGUUGAAACGUACCUUGAUGACUCUCUGGCCUUUCACUGCUGCCUCUCUCCUCCUGUUUCUGAUCAUCUCUCUUCACCUGUUCACUCGUCUGCCUGCAUAUCUGUUGUACAUAGAUCUUCUAUCCUCAUGUGGUGACUAACCGGCCUCACAUCUGCCUCCUGCCUCUCCUCCUGUGAAUGUGCCCACACUAAUCUUUUUUUGGACCUACACAAUCUGCCUGUACUGUUGCAAGUCUGGACUGCUGACAAACAUUAACCAUUGUGCUUCUACACCGAGAGAUGCUGAUGGUAAAUACGACACCAUGAAACAUCUCAUUCUUCUCAUCAGUCCGCACAGCCAGACAUUUCAUCAACAUCAUCACAGUGCUUCACAGUGAACUGGAGUAGCUUGACAAUAUGGCACAUUAGCAAUCAUGGUUUAAAAACAGAUCAAUAUUGAGAAGUGUGACACUUGAGUUGUAUUUGCCUUGUAAUUUAUUUGCAGUUUGGGACUGUAAUGACUUGUUUUACAUGCAGUCUAAUAAACAUUUUAUAAACUUCA